AUGGAAUUGUCAGAAACAGUACCAGGAUCCGCUGAUCUGUGGAUCAUUUAUGUACCAGUUAAAGGGAUAAUUGAUCAAUUGUUUGUCUACAAAGAACCUCAUCCGGACGAAUGUUUUGACGAAGUUUGCUGUGAAAUAAAGGCUGACAACAGAUAUAAGGUGAAGGAUGACGUCGGGAACGUUCUUUUUAGUAUUCUUGAGGACAUUGAUUAUUGUAGCAGGCAUCUCUAUCCAGGUCGUUCCUUCAUAAUGAAUGUUAUUAAUGAAUAUAAUAAAGAGGUCAUCAGACUGGUGCACCUGUUUGUUUGCAGCAGCAGCUGCAGAAGACAUGAGCUGGAGGUUCAGUCUCCACCAGGCUUUGUCAUCGGACAUGUUCGACAAAACUGGCCUGUUUGCCUGCCUAAAUUCACAGUACAGAAUAAACAAGGUGAACCGGAAGUUAAGAUUGUGGGACCGUUUGUACCUCUUACCUGCUGCAUGGAUCAGAACUUUGAGCUGGUUUCUUUGAACGGGGAAGAGACAGAAAGACCAUUUGGCACGAUCGUCAAACCUUUCUCAUGCAGUGUACUAAAUACAGGAGCAGAUUUUGUGCUGAGGUUUCCAAGCAACCUGGAUGUCAAAUUGAAAGCUACACUAUUGGGGGCCUGCAUACUUAUUGACUUUGUGUAUUAUGAUAAGCCAAAACAACCGGUACUAGAAAUAAUAGGAUGUUUUAAUCCUCUAUCUUGGAUCUCUGUUUAG